GUGCCUCUUUUUUCUGUCCGUGUCUAUCGGUUGUGUAUUUGCUGUCUUGCUCUUGCUUGCAGGCCAAACAGUGACAAAAAUUCGGUCAUAAAAGGACGCUCGAAGGCUUCAGAAGAAUCCACUACCAACUUCGAAGUUGAACAAGCAUCACAAUUCACAACCCCCCCAAUUCCUUUCUAUUUAAGGCCAUUUUAGACAGUACAAACAUUCUACUAACUCUCUCACCCCAAGUAAAUCCCACUCUUUUAUUUUUUCUUUCUUUCACAUCCCCAAACACCCUAUACCUGCGUGUGUUUAAAAAAAAGUCCAAAUCCAUGUGCCGGUUACCUUCAUCUCCAACUACCAGUGGAAGCAAUUCAGACCAACCAAUCCUAAUUCCCUCAACCGAACUCCAAGUUCCCGACAUGCGUACCCCUUUGAUCCCCAAAACCCCAACACAUGUACCUGAAAAUGAACAUGAACAUCAAAAUCAACAAGAGCCCCAGAAGACCCAUCUCUCUCUUGCUGUCUCGGAAGCCAACUGCAUAGCCAGGAUAGCUUUUCCAAUGGUAUUAACAGGUCUGUUACUCUACUUGCGCUCCAUGAUCUCCAUGCUCUUUCUCGGUCAUCUUGGUGAGCUUGCUUUAGCCGGUGGUUCUCUCGCUAUUGGUUUUGCUAACAUCACUGGUUAUUCUGUUCUCUCUGGCCUUGCCAUGGGAAUGGAACCCAUCUGUGGUCAAGCCUUUGGAGCCAAAAGAUUCAAACUUCUUGGCCUUACCAUGCAAAGAACAGUGAUUCUGCUUCUAUUUACUUCAAUUCCCAUUUCUUUUUUAUGGUUCAACAUGAAGAAAAUUUUGACCUUUUGUGGUCAGAAAGAUGAUAUAGCAACCCAAGCUCAAUCUUACAUUCUCUAUUCUCUUCCGGACCUUCUUUCACAAUCUCUUUUACACCCUAUACGAAUAUAUCUCCGAUCACAAUCCAUAACUCUGCCUCUAACAUUCUGUGCAACUCUUUCUAUUCUUCUUCACAUUCCCAUCAACUACUUUCUUGUUUUUGUACUCAAUCUUGGAAUUAAAGGCGUUGCUUUAAGUGGUGUUUGGACCAACUUCAAUCUGGUAGGAUCAUUAAUUGUAUAUAUUAUUAUCUCUAAGGUGUACGAGAAAACUUGGGCUGGAAUUUCAACAGAGUGUUUCAAAGGUUGGAAAUCUCUAUUGAAUUUAGCCAUUCCAAGCUGCAUUUCAGUUUGCUUAGAAUGGUGGUGGUAUGAAAUUAUGAUUUUACUAUGUGGGUUAUUACUCAAUCCUGAAGCAACCGUUGCUUCCAUGGGAGUUCUGAUUCAAACCACGGCUUUGAUCUACAUUUUCCCAUCUUCUUUAAGCUUUGGUGUGUCAACAAGGGUUGGAAAUGAACUUGGUGCCAACAAUCCAAAGAAGGCAAGACUAGCUGCGAUUGUAGGCCUUUCUUUCAGCUUCACGUUGGGAUUUUCAGCAUUGGUUUUUGCUGUAACGGUUAGGAAGGUAUGGGCAAGUAUGUUCACACAAGACACCGAGAUUAUUGCUUUGACAUCUAUGGUUUUGCCCAUUAUUGGACUUUGCGAGCUCGGAAACUGUCCACAAACAACUGGUUGUGGUGUUUUGAGAGGAACAGCUCGGCCUAAAUUGGGUGCUAACAUAAACUUGAGUUGUUUUUACCUUGUGGGAAUGCCAGUUGCAGUGUGGUUGAGUUUUUACGCAGGGUUUGAUUUCAAAGGACUUUGGCUAGGCCUUUUAGCCGCGCAAGGGUCAUGUGUUGUGACCAUGUUGUUUGUCUUGUGUCGAACCGAUUGGGAACGUCAAGCCCAAAGAGCUAAGGAGCUUACUGAAACUACUACCACCAUACACGAUGAUAACCAAGAAGCUGAGAGAUUAAAGGAUAAAACACAGGAUUCUUGUUUCAGUUCUUUGGAUCAUAACGUAGAGAGACAUAAUUCACCGGUUUGAUUUUCUCUUAGGAACUCACAAAUUUUUGUAGUAGCAUUUCUUUCUCCAGUUGUACAUGCCAAAUUUUGUAUUAGUUUAUUGUCACGUUGUAUUUCCUAUAUUUAAAUAUUAAUUGCAUAAAUUUAUUUUA